GAGAUAAAACAGAAAUAGUGAAGAGAAAAUAAAUGAAAAAAUAAAAUAUAAAUGAACAAAUAGAAAAGAUUUAAAAAGUGGAGUUCUCCACAUACUUUUAAGCCUGCUGCUAUUACCAGUACCCUUUAAACCUGUUAUUUGUAGAGUUUGUUGGAUUUUGCUCUGGUUUUGUCCAAAUCUGGACACAUGGUGUGCUCGUCCCUGGCCUUCCGGGAGGUUCUCUCAUGCAAGUCGUUACCAGUUGCUGUCCCUGGCUGGCCCUUGGCAUCCUGACUGAAGCUUGGCAGGGCACCUUUCAUCUUCUCAGCCUCUACAGAACAGAAAAUAAAUAGAAACUGGCCAUUGGAGCACCCUUGUUUCUUCUUCUAUUUUUGUAGACUAGCACUGCAGGGUGACUUCCGGUCCCAACUUCCUCAAACAUCUGAGGAAUUCACCUCUUCACUCUGAGGUAAAUGCUUUUUUUGGUGAGAGAGCAUCUCAGAUUACAGCCCCUGGCCUUGUCCUCAUGCUGCUGAAGCUCUUGCUGUUGCUCUGUGGUCAGCCCUGUGAACCAACAGCGCUGCUUUUGACAGUCAGCCCUCCUCGGCCCAUAGAGGGGAACGCAAUGGCCCUGACCUGUAAGACCCAGCUCCCCACACAGAAGUUAGGUGUCCCGCUCCAGUUCUUCUUCUUCAAAGAUGGCUCUGCCCUGGGGCUGAGCUGGAACAACUCCUCGGAGCUCCAGAUCACUGCCCUGAAGAGGAAAGAUUCCGGGUCCUACUGGUGUGAAGCUCAGGCAAAGGGCCUUAAAGUCAUACGGAGCCGGAGAAUCCAGAUAGAUGUGCAGGGGGUCCCUGUCUACAAUGUGAGCUUGGCGACACAGCCCCCAGGGGGCCAUGUGAUGGAGGGCGAGAAGCUGGCUCUUGUCUGCGUGGCCACGGGGGGCACCGGAGACAUCACCUUCCGGUGGUACCGAGGGGCCCUGGGCUUAAACCUGGGAGCCAAGACCCAGCCCUCCCUGACGGCGGCGUUUGAGAUUCCUGCGGUGAGCGAGCAGGACACCGAGGCCUAUUACUGCGCAGCGGACAACGGCUAUGGCCCCAGCCUCAGCGGGCUGGUGAGCAUCGCGGUCAGAAUUCCAGUGUCUCAGCCUGUCCUCACCUCCAGGGCUCCGCGCGCCCCGCCGGUGGUGGGGGAUGCGGUGGAGCUGCACUGCGAGGCCGGGAGCGGCUCUCCUCCCAUCCGGUACCAGUUUUUCCUGGAGGAUGUCCCCCUGGGGAGCAGCUCAGCCCCCUUCGGAGGAGGAGCCUCCCUGAACCUCUCUCUGACCUCGGAACAUUGCGGGAACUACUCGUGUGAGGCCGACAACGGCCGGCGAGCGCCGCGCAGUGAGCCGGUGCCCCUCUGCGUCGCAGUGCCCGCAGCGGACAGAGAAAGCCCUACUCCACCCAUCCUUGAGGGGCUGCUUGGCGGCUUUGGUCUCACCGUUAUGGCCCUAUUCUUUUGCUGUUGGCUCAAGAGAAAAGUAGGAAGACGUCCAGCCAAGGACCCACCCAGGAGCCCUCCCAGCCCCCCACCCCGAGAAUUCACCUACGUGAACGCAACGGCUCCAGUGCAGCAGCAGCCGUUAUAUGAAAACGUGAAUGUUGUCAGUGGAGGUGAGGUUUACUCCCUGGUGUACCAUAUGCAACAGGAGCGGCGAUCAGCGGCAGCACCCUCCCUGAGGACGCAGACGCAGGAUAAGGUGAGUUGGAAUUCCUCCAGGCUCUUUCUCCUGGGGUCUGGUUGUCAUACUUUUAAAAUGAUGGCCACUAAGGAAAAAUGAAAGAUCCCAUUGUCUAUCUUCUCCUUUGUCUCCUCACACAGUGGGGAGAAAAACAUUCAGUCAUAACAACGAAGUGUCACUGCAGAAGGACAUUUGGGAGGCUUGCGUAUACAUGUAUUUUGGCCCUGGACAUAUGGGUGACUUGGGACUAAACUGUAGUAUUUUCCCGGUCUAAAAUUUUUAUUUAAAAAUCUUUACACUGAAAUACUGUUAAGCUGUACACAUAUAACUUUGUGCUGUAAGGUUACCUAAACAACACAUCUACAUGCAUUAAAGGCUAAUAUGCAAAGUGUCCCCUCGGGCGUUCAACUGAGAGACUGGGAGUUCAAUUGCUCACUAUAACAUGUGCUGACCACCAGGGGGCAGCGCGGAACGAGGGGAGGCCCCGGCCGGCAGACAAAAGGCCCCUAUCAGCCCUAAUUGCUGGCCAGGACCCUACCUGUGCAUGUAUUUCAUGCACCGGGCCUCUAGUAGAAAUAUAAAUUCAUAAGCUAAACUGUGAUGUUUAUAAUUAAAGAUAGGUAAUUUCUAAACUUUGAACAAUUCAUAACAUCCUUGAUGAUACAAAAAUGCGCUCAUAAAAAUGCAGAAAUACUGAUUCUUCAUGGAUGCAGGGACAGCAGGUGCAAUUUUGUUAAGUGUGUUGUGACAGUCAAAUGUCUCAGGACAGAAUUCAAGUCCUUGGUAAACCCCUGGGCGGCACGCUACCUUUAGUUUAUGAAUACCAAAUUCUGGCAUUUAAAAAAACCUGACAGCCCCUGGGACUGCCUCGCAAUGGCCCAUAAGAAUGAGAGAAGGCCUCGUAUGUUUGGGUCAGUCUGCAGGUCAUUGGUACACCUUUGCAGCCCACCAGUGAUUGCAGACCCUCUGAAACGGCUGCCGCAGGGCCACAGUCUUCCAGUAACUUCUAAUUCAUGUGCUGCACGGCGCAUCAUGCCUUUAGCUGCUUGGGAAGAGAACCGGUGGGAGGCAUGCUCUCCCUGGGUUCCCUGCCCCGGCCCUACCCCUGUGCCUGUGCUUCUAGGACCCCUCAGCCAUCUACUCUGGAGUGAAAACCGCAAGCAGCUCAGAUGAUGACUACGAGGAUGCUAUUUAAGUUAUGGAAGACCCUGCUCUUUAUAAGGCACCUGUGACCCAGGCCUCAGAACCAGUGCGUUCUUCAGAGAUCUGGGGAACCCGCUGUCCAGUAGCCCCAUCCAGGGGAAUGCCCUCCACGAGACGAUUUCCACCUCCACUGGAAGGCAAAGUUGGCUCAAGCCCCGAACAGACCACCCCAGAGACCAACCCCGCAUGAAUGAAGAAAUGGGAAGGCCUCUGCUACCAGAACCUGAUGCUUGCUGGUUCUUUCAGGCCUGGGUCAAAUUGUGCUCUAACUUUUUUUUCUAAGAGGAAACAGGACAGGAUAAAAGCACUUAGGACUUUGGGGUCGAGGGAAAGCGGGGCUUAGGGUGCACAAAACCCAAGGUUAGUGAUCUUGUGGGACUUCUCCAUACAGAGCUGUGUCUAUCCUGUGGUUCAGGUGCCUUUUCUGCUCAGACGGUACUGACCACUUACAUUAAUCUUCCUGUUUCUCCAUAAAAUAUGUGACUCGUUGCAUUUGAAGUCACUGUUACCAAACCAGAAUUAAAACAAUGUUACAUAAGGCAUCACUGCGGUUAUGCUCCAUGUUAGCAUAUUUUGUAUGUAUGAGCCCAUCUGGAUUUGUAGUGAGAUAUAUUUGUGCUUGUCACCACAUCCAGUGUUCUGCCUUUGCUGCAGCCCCAGAAGCUUUGUGAAUAUAAUUUUUUUAUUCACAAAUGUUGUGAAAACACGUGAUCAUAGGAUUUGGAGUUUGUAUUUUAAUUUUAUAAAUCAAUCAUUUGCUAACGCUUAUAAAUUUAAACAAUAUAAAGCAUAAAAUGUAAAAAAUUAAAGUCUUCCCUGUAAUUUAACACAAGUGGCCCCCAUUGUUAAACAUUAAGCAUUGUUAAAAUCACAGCUCUGCAGAGAUUUUUCUAUUUUUGUACAGGCAUUUAUACAUCAUUGUAAAUAUGUAAAUAUUUAGAAAUAUACCUAUUUAAUAAAAUACCAUGAAAUAUUUUU